AUGUCAACCUCCAGAGCUUCCGGCGCGCACGCCUUAGUCUUCGGCGCAUCCGGGCUGAUUGGCUGGGCUCUCGUGGAUGAGCUUUUGAAAGGCUAUCCUGAGAAUUCCACUUUUUCCAAAGUAGCGGCUUUGGUCAAUCGACCGCUCAACAUCGAGAAUUCGUACUGGCCAACUCCAGAUCGGUCACGGCCGGAACUUCAGCUCAUCUCUGGGAUCAAUCUUGCGUCUGGCACUAUAGAGGAGUUCACCGAGGUAAUGAAGGAGAAAGUGGUAGGAAUAGAGGCAGUGACGCAUGUUUACUACUUCGCAUACAAGCAGGAUGAUAAUUCGAGAGUCGAGACCGCGGAGAAUGCGAAGAUGCUUGAGCGCGCAAUGGGUGCUCUGACGGCACUUUAUCCGAAGCUUGAAUUCAUCGUGAUUCCUAGCGGCUCAAAGGGCUACGGCAUCCAUCUCGAAACCAAGCCUUUCAAAGCCCCGUACACCGAAGAUAUGAUUCUUCCUAACCCAAACGACAGCAGCAUCCAUUACGCCGCUUUCCAGCAUCUCCUGACCGAGAAGAGCAAAGGAAAGCAAUGGACCUGGUGCGACGUUCGUCCGGACGCCGUCGUCGGAUUCGCCCCAACAGGCUCCACCUACAAUCUAACCGCCCACUGGGCCACCUACCUCUCACUCUACGCCAAUAUCGAAAGUGCCGGCUCUAGCGUUGCUUUUCCCGGCACCGAAAACGCAUACAACUCGCUUUUCAACGAAGCAUCCUCUUCGAUCAUCGCCCGCCUCGCCAUUUGGGCGUCGCUCCACCCCGAGGUCUCCGCGAGUCAAAUUAUCAACGUUGCAGACAGUGCAAAAGCGGAAAGCAUGCGCGAUCGGUGGCCCAAGAUCGCGUCCUGGUUCGGGCUUGUGGGAGUUGGCCCAGCCUCUGAGUCUAGCGAAGCGCCUCUUUUGCCCAGUCAGUAUGCCCAUAGGCAUGAAAAAGCGCUGAAAGAGAACGGCAUAGGUAUUCUCAUAUGGAAAGCGGAGUUUCUGGAUUCGUAUGGCUUCUAUCUCGACUUCGACAGGCAAAUGAGCUUGGAGAAGUGCAGAAGGGCAGGAUUUGAGGAAGAGAAAGAUCCGAACGAGGGAUGGUUUGACGCUUUUGAGAAGUUUAGGGGAGCGGGCAUGAUCUUGGGUCAGUGGAGGAGAGUUCUGGGGUUUGAGCAGAGGUGGGGCUUUUGACCCCCACAAUCUCUUGCCGCCUCCCCCACGAGGCUGAGGCUGAACUAUGCCUUGGACUGUAAUACUACAGCGGUGCGCGGCCUGGCAGGCUGGAAAGACGCACGACGCGUUGAGUUGCGAAAUCUGCCCCGCCGCACAAACCUGCCCUUCCCGGUAGCAGCAGAGGCUACAAAAUGCGCAUUUUCCUCCUUCCCAUCUCCACCCGU